AUGUUUGCAGGCUUUGAUGCCUAGGAGAUAUCUGAUGACAGUGAGCCAGAGGUUAUAUAAGAGAAGAAGCUCACUUAAAAUGAUAAAUCAUCGGUAGGCAGUAUGAGUUCCCCAGAUGCUGCUAAGAAGAAGAAAAAGAAGAAUAAAAAGGGGAAGACAAAGAGAGAAGCUGAGAAAUAAGUAGAUGAGCUUGAGAAGUAGGUAAAUAAUCUCAAUAGUCAGAAAAGACUAAAGCAAGAUUAGUAAAUGAGUAGCUAGCAAGCAGAUUAGACUAUGAAUUAAGAUAUUGAUGCAGACAUUUUGGAAGAGGAGGAAAUGAAACUCGCUAAAGAAGGGGAAAUGCUUGAGAAUGUAAUAUAGAUUGAGCAGCAGAUGGAUCAAGUUGGCUACAAAGAAGAGGAUUACAUUGUCGAGAGAUUCGAAUGGGCUAAUUGCAUUCAUGAAUAUGUAGCCCCUAAAGGCUUUGUUAGGCCAGAAUAUAAAAGACCAAUCCAGAGAGCAAAGCAAUAUUAAUUUACCUUGGAUAAAUUUUAGGAAAAAGCUGUGGAAUGCAUCGAAAGAAAUGAAUCAGUGCUAGUAGCAGCUCAUACCUCUGCUGGUAAGACUGCUGUAGCUGAGUACUCUAUUGCAUUAGCUUUGAAAAAUAAGUAGAGAGUUAUUUAUACUUCUCCAAUCAAGGCCUUGAGUAAUUAAAAAUAUAGAGAGCUCUAGGAGGAAUUUAAGGAUGUAGGUUUAAUGACUGGUGAUGUUACCAUCAAUGAAUAAGCAUCAUGUAUAGUCAUGACUACUGAGAUUCUAAGAAGCAUGCUUUACAAUGGAAGUGAAGUCACUAGAGAAAUGGCAUGGGUCAUAUUUGAUGAAGUACAUUAUAUGAGAGAUAAGGAGAGAGGAGUUGUUUGGGAAGAAACUAUGAUUCUUUUACCAACAGUUGUGAAAUAUGUAUUCUUAUCAGCUACUAUUCCUAAUGCUAGAGAGUUUGCUGAGUGGAUUGUUAAGAUCAAGCAACAACCCUGUAACGUAGUUUAUACAGACUACAGACCAACACCCUUGCAGCACUUUAUAUAUCCUAUCGGAGGUGAAGGCAUUUAUAUGGUUGUGGAUUAGAACGGCUAAUUCAAGGAGCAGAAUUUUACCAAAGCAAUAGCUGUCUUAGAGAACGACCUUAAUCUUGACAAGAUCAUGGAGGACAAGAAAAACCGUAAAGGUGGUCCCUAGAAGACUAAUCAAAACGCAGAGAUGAAGAAGAUCAUCACUCUCAUCGUGGAUAAAGGUCUUGAUCCUUGUAUCGUUUUCAGUUUCUCUAAGAGAGACUGUGAAGCCUAUGCUAUGUCACUCAAGGGGUGUGACUUCAACAAGGACGAUGAGAAGGACUCUAUCAAGAAAAUAUUCAAUAAUGCUAUGGGGUCUCUUGCUGAGGAGGAUGCUUCACUGCCCACAAUUUAAUCUAUGCUGCCAUUGUUGCAGAGAGGAAUCGGCAUACAUCAUGGUGGACUACUGCCAAUUGUUAAGGAAGUGAUUGAGUUAUUGUUUUAAGAGGGACUGCUGAAGAUAUUAUUCACUACUGAGACAUUCUCAAUGGGAAUCAAUAUGCCUGCUAAGACUGUUGUUUUCACUUCAAUUGAGAAAUUCGAUGGAGAUGAGUACAGAUGGAUAACUGGAGGUGAGUUCAUUCAGAUGAGUGGUCGUGCUGGUCGUAGAGGUUUGGAUGAUCGCGGAGUGACUAUCCUUAUUGCAAAUAAAAAGCUUGAGCCAGAAGUAGCUAAGAGCAUUCUGAAGGGUUCCUCAGACCCUUUGUACUCUGCCUUCCACUUGGGCUACAACAUGCUUCUGAACAUGAUGAGAAUCGAAGACAUCCACCCAGAGGACAUCAUUCUCAAGAGUUUCCAUCAGUUCCAAAACGAGAGAGCUUGUCCUCAAAUGAAAGCCAAGUUAAGCGAGCUGGUUGCUGAGUACAAGAGCAUUAGUAUCCCACUGGAGGACAAACUUGAAAAGAAAGCCAAGUACGUUUCUCAGCAAAAGAAGAUUCAGACUCAGAUUAAUGAGAUUGUAUGUGAGCCAGAAAACAUAGUGCCAUUCUUGGUUCCAGGCAGACUAAUAAAGGUCAAGUCAGAGACUCAGGAUUGGGGUUGGGGUAUUCUCGUCAGCUGGACAAGGCAAAAGAUCAACCCGAAGAAGUUCCUGAUGGGUGCAAACAACAAGAUAUCUAAGGACCUUGAUAUUCUGACUCGCUAGGAGAAUCACUACAUCCUAGACAUUUACCUUUAUGUUAAGAACAGAUUAACAAACGAUAACCUUAUCUAGGCAGGUGAUGUCACUUAGAAAGAUGGAAGACUUGGCAUUGUGCCAGUCAUUUUGCACCCCUCGCAGAUUGCUGGAGUAAGUACUAUUCAGAUGAACUUGCCCCAUAACCUUAACAACCAGGAUAACAGUAAACAGGUGGAGACUAUGUUCUUUGAAGUAAUGAAGAGAUUUGACAACGGCAACAAAUUAAUGUUGCUAGACCCUGUUGAUGAUAUGGAGAUUGAGAAUAAAGACCUAGAUAAGCUGAUCAAAGCCAAUCAAUAAAUCGACUAUGAACUCUAGAAACUCAAUGAAAAGUAUCUAAGUCAGUAGGUAUAAGAUAGACAUGAAGAGUUGUUUGAAAGGAAGAAAGAACUAAAGCACACUAUAAUAGAGUUGGAAGAGUCAGUGAAGAAAGCUAGUGAGAUGAUUAUGAAGAGUGAUCUCGUUAACAUGAAGAGAGUCAUGCGUAGACUCGAACUUUCAGACAAGAACGAUGUACCAACACUGAAAGGUAAAGUUGCCUGUUCAAUUUCAGCUAGUGACGAGCUUUUGGUGACAGAGCUAUUAUUCUCGGGAAUGUUUCAAAGCUUAGACCCAUAUCAAAUAGCCGCUUUGGCUUCAUGCCUGGUAUUCACUGAUGUGAAAGGGGAAGUUAAAAUGCCGAGAGAUGAAAAGUUCACUCAGCCAUUUAGUUAACUUACACAAGCUGCUGAGAAGGUAGCUACUAUUAUGAUUGAAUCUAAGAUUCCACUUGAUAAAGAAGAAUAUGUCUAAAAAUUCAGGCCAGAUAUCAUGGAGAUUACAUAUAAAUGGUGUCAGGGAGCCAAGUUCAAGGAAAUAUGUGAAAUCGCUUAAGAUGUGUAUGAAGGCACAAUCAUCAGAGCCUUCAGAAGACUAGAUGAGCUGCUAUCCUAAAUGACAGAAGCCUCAAAGAUCAUUGGAAAUAUGGAAUUAAAGACUAAAUUUGAAGAGGCACAGAGAGGACUAAAAAGAGGUAUUGUAUUUGCAGCAUCUCUCUAUCUUUGA